CACCGUUACCACCGUUACCACCGUUACCACCGUUACCGCCAUUACCGCCGUUACCGCCGUUACCACCAUUACCACCGUUACCACCGUUACCACCAUUACCGCUGUUACCGCCUUGAUCGUCAUUACUGCCAUUAAUGCCGUUACUCUCCGCACUGCUGCACGACUGCGAGCUGAGUGGCUGUUCUCCCUGUCACUCUGGGCUGCUCUUGCAGGUCAUUGGCCAAUAACAACAUGAAGGCCCUGCCCAGGGACCUUUUUGCGGAUCUGGACUCUCUGAUUGAGCUGGACGUGCGGGGCAACGCUUUCCAGUGUGACUGCCGGGCCAAGUGGGUGAUGACGUGGCUGAAGAGCACCAACGCCACCGUGUCGGACAUCGUGUGCGCCGGGCCGGACGACAUGAAGGACAAGAGGCUCAACGACCUGCAACGGCUGCAGAGCGACUGCACCUCCACCGAUUUCACCCUGCAUCAGUCGGUGGGGGUGCAGUCCCUGUCAGUGGACACCUUUUCCUAUAAGAGCGACGUCUUCGUGGCCAUCGCCUCUCCCAACACCGGGAGCUGCAUGGUCAUGCAGUGGGACCACAUUGAGAUGAACUUCAGAACGUAUGACAACAUCACCGGGCAGUCGAUCGUCGGGUGCAAGUCGGUGGCGAUCGAGAGCCACGUCUUCGUCAUCGUGGCCCAGCUCUUCGGCGGCUCGCGGAUCUACAAGUUCGACGAGGACCAGAACCGCUUCUCCAAGUUCCAGGACAUCGAGGUGGCCAAGGUCUCCAAGCCCAACGACAUCGAGGCCUUCCAGAUCGCCAAGGAGUGGUUCUUCAUCAUGGCGGACAGCGCCAAGGCGGGCAUGUCCACGCUCUACAAGUGGAGCGACCAGGGCUUCUACUCCUACCAGUCCCUCCACGAGUGGUUCCGGGACACGGACGCCGAAUUCGUCAGCGUGGAGGGGAAGGCCCGCCUCAUCCUGGCCAGCAGGUCCCAGGCCCCCGUCAUCUACCAGUGGAACAAGGGGGCGCAGAAGUUCCUGGCCCAGGGGGAGAUUCCCAACGUGGAGGACGCGGUGGCCGUCAAGGCCUUCCGGAUCAAGGAGGACCACUACCUGGCCUUGACCCGCUUCAUCGGCGACUCCAAGGUCCUCAAGUGGACCAGCAAGGAUUUCGUGGAGGUGCAGGCGCUGCCCUCGCGCGGGUCCAUGUCCCUGCAGCCCUUCUCCUUCAAGGACCGCCACUACCUGGCCCUGGGCAGCGACUACACCUUCUCCGGGAUCUACCUGUGGAACCCGGAGACCAAGGCGUUCGAGCUCUUCAAGGAGGUGUACAUCCACGCGCCCCGCUCCUUCACCGUGGUGUCCACGGACCGCCGGGACUUCCUGUUCGCCUCCAGCUUCAAGGGCAACACGCAGAUCUAUGAACACGUUAUCGUCGACCUGAGCUUGUGAACGCAGGCCGGCCCCCUUCAGCCCCGCACCCUGAACAAGUACUGCGAGAGAAAGAGAGGAAGAGGGAGAAAGAGAGAGAGAGAAGGAUGCGUGUGGCAUUAUCAGGUAUCACGUCAUAUCCAUGCAUUUCAUGCAUUUCAAGGUUUUCAUCUGACUCAAGUUAUCUUUUACUGUUGCCCUUAACCGUUUGAUACGCACAACUGUAGAGACAACUGCCGGCUCAAUCAGGCCUUCUGCUUACAAACAACGAGAAAAGGGUCAUUAAGGGUCUUCGUCCUCAGCAUGCCUGAUGUGUCAAGGAAGGUGACUUCCUUCAGUGUUGGAGACCAGUAGCCACAUUUGAGAGAGUGUCAGGAAACACAUUUUAAUGUCUUAAUCAUUGCGGAAUUUACCGUCUGUCACAUUGUUGAAUCGAGGUACAUUUAUGGAUUCUAGCUGCUUAAUGAAAAGUGAUGGUUAUUUCUGAGGAGAUCUCAGCAAGCAGAGACUUCUAGACGCCCAGCUUCAGAAGUAGUUUGUGGAUUGGCAAAAGCAGUGAGAAAUCAAGACCCAAUCUUUUGCCUUCCCUCAAAGGUUACAUUGUUGCCUGUUAAUUUUAAUGAAUAAUGGGGAAUUUCUUCAGUCAUCUUUGCAGUCAUCAUCAGUGAAUAGGCACCGGACUAUUCAGCAAUACAGGCAGACAGGCAAGCAGGCAGAACUAAAAAAAAAAACUGAUACAGUUAUUUUAGAGACGAUUUGCAAAAAUUUGAUUUGAUGAAAGAGGUGUUGGGUAGAGAUGGAAAAGUGGGGUUUCAUAAAUCUCAUUUUAGAACUUGUGUGCUGGAUUGUAAUAUUGUUAGACGUCAUGUUGGAUCAGAGUGCAUAUUGAGUCAAUAUGAACUACAAUAGCACUGCAGUAUAAAUGGGGGGAGUUACCUGCUGACGUAGUGGCUGUCUGACCACCAGUCUCAAGUUUUUUGCUUCCACAUUUUAUAUCAUUGCCUAUCUCUCAACAUCUUGUAAAAAAAAAAUUGCCGUUUAUAUGGCGCAAGUAUCCAAUUGUGUAAAUAUAUUUGAAGUCUUUUAGCUCUGUUCACAGCCAUGAGUAGUGUGGCUGUGGAAUGAGUCAUGUAAUAAUCCUGUAAUAAAUCUGUAAUAUAACGUAAUGAUUCAUAAAAUGACAUUCUGCGUAAGUGAUUACAUUACAUUUCCUCAGAGUUAAUAUUCUACAUGUUAUUACAAUUGGAAUCGGCCAAAACUGCUGUAAGUUCCCCUGUCCUUAAUAACAGUGCCAGUCUAAAACAAUAUUUUAAUACAACCAGCCAGCUUCAACUUUACAAAUAGUUUGCGUGGAUCAAGUUUUUGUUUACGACAGAUAAUGUACCACCAUAGCGUUCUGUAAAUAGCAAGAGAAGCAUUGUCAGUUAUGUACGGACACAACGGAAUAAUGCUCAGAGAUGGAAGCCAGAUGUAGUGACCCUUGUUUUUAGUCUGCUAUGCCACUUGGAAUGCCAACGAGAUAUGCGCACAGCCUGAAAUUCUCUCGCUUGCAGACGCAUGUCAUUCAAGGCUGAAUGUACAAUCAGUUCCUGUUUAUGAAAACUUUCAAUAGCCUGCAAUGACAUGCACAUUUCUAUCUUUGUUUCUCUGGCAUUAUAUAAUUAAACCCUCUGACUAAAAUAUGCAACUUGUACAUGUACAUUUUUGUACCAUUAUAAAUAUAUGGAUUAAUGCUUAAUGAAUGUUUUCCCUCAAGAAUAAUGAAGUCUUUAAGAUGACAAUAAAAAUGCAUAUGAAUGACAA